AUGCAGAUCGUGAAGGAUUUGCUGGACGAGCUGUUCCUUUGGUUUUGCCACCUUAUUAUCGAUACGUUCUUCCGUGAAGUCCGGGUCCGUGGCUCCUACAAUUUGCCAUCCAGAGGGGCGACCCUUGUGGUUAUCGCUCCACAUCACAACCAAUUUCUGGACGCUGUGAUUGUUACUCAUGCCAUCCACAAGAUCAACGGACGUCGUACGCAUUUCAUUGAAGCCGCUGUUUCUGUCAGAAGGCCGGUUAUCGGCCAACUCAGUAAGUGGAGUGGAGCAAUUCCGGUGGAAAGGGCGCAGGACCUGUUGACCAAUAAACAGGGUAAAAUCCGCUACGAGGAUUACAGUCACGAUGAAUUGACCAUUGUCGGGGAAGGAACGAAAUUCACCACCGAUUGCGAGGUCAAAGGGCUGAUCGGACUCCCCGAAAGUGCAGGAAACCAAAAAAUAGCAGAGAUUAUAAGCGACACUAAACUGAAACUGGCAAAGCCAAUGGCCAAAUCCAAGGGUGUCGAGAUGCUCAUACGCGGCACCGCCUAUAAGAGUGCUCCAAAAGUCGACAACCACGAUGUUUUCAAAACAGUUUUCCAAAGACUCAGAGAAGGUGAGCUCAUCGGGAUCGCCAGUGAGGGCGGCUCUCACGACCGUACCGAGCUUCUGCCAUUGAAGCCUGGUGUCGGGAUUAUGGCAUUGGGUACAGCUGCCGAAUACGAGGGUACAGAAGUCAAUAUUGUUCCCUGCGGAAUGAACUAUUUCCAUCCACACAAGUUUCGCUCCAGGGCAGUUUUGGAAUUCGGGGAACCUAUCAAGGUGGGCCCUGAGGAGGCGAAGGCCUAUAGGAGAGAUCCAAGAAAAACUGUCGAUGCACUUAUGGAAAAUAUUACUACCGCUUUGAAGUCUGUGACAACUCAAAGUCCCGACCUCGAAACGUUGCAGGUUAUCCAGGCUGCAAGAAGGUUGUACUCCAAUCCUAGUAGACCUCUUCCAUUGCCGUUGGUUGUGGAAAUGAAUCGCAACCUGCUUAUUGGAUACAGCAAAUUCAAAGAUGACCCGAAGAUCAAGCAUCUGAAGGAGAGUGUGACCAAGUACAAUAAACGACUGACAUAUUUGGGAAUCAAAGACUACCAGGUGGAAACAGUGACCAAAAACCGCUGGCGUACUUUAUUUUUACUUACGACUAGGCUGGUGCGACUGUUGGUGUUGUUGGCGUUGAGUCUUCCUGGAACAGUGCUAUUUUCUCCCGUUUUCAUUGCAUGCAAGGUUAUAUCAAAGAAAAAACAGAAAGCCGCUCUAGCUAGCUCGAGUGUGAAAAUCAAGGCCCUUGACGUUUUGGGUUCAUGGAAAGUCCUCAUUGCUUUAGUGGCUGCGCCAAUAUGUUACUUCAUCUAUUCUGCGAUCGGCACCGUGCUUGUCUUCAAAUAUGAGUUGGUCAGGUACAGUACCUGGAAUGUGCUUGUUACUUUUGCCUCCUGGUGGGCUCUGCUUGUUUCCACUACGUACGCUGCAUUUGUUAUGGGUGAAGUUGGUUUGGAUAUUUUCAAAUCCAUUAGACCGUUGAUCUUAUCUCUUUCUCCACGAUCCAAUGAUUUGGACGAAUUGCGGAAGGAAAGGCAUCGUCUGUCUGCAGUGAUUACAGAGGUAAUCAAUGAACUAGGGCCUAAAGUCUUCCCCAAGUUGGACAAGUACAGUCUGGCCCGGCUGGAGAAAGAAUACGAAGAAGAGGUGGAAGACCUGCGCUCAAGAUCAAGGUCCCAGUCCAGAUCGAGGUCGGGGUCACGGUCGAUGUCGCGGGCGUCGACUCGCUCCGGAUUUACCGAAAAUACAAUGCCAAACCUUUCCGAUGUUUCGAUCUUUCCCGAUGCGUUGCAGCUCAGAGACCACUCAAGCCCUAGUCCAACAUCGAGUAGCUCCAGCUUUGUGCAUCUUGACAGCGCUGACAAGGUUGCAGCAAGCGGAGUCAAUGAUUACGAUGCGAGCCUGUUGUCAAAGGUUAGAAAUGCAGUUCUCAAAAAACGCAACGAGGAGGCCAGAUUAGAGGAGGAAAAGUCGGAUUAA